GGCCUUCAAGCGGCAUCUAACAAUUGAGUUAGUUUCAAACGCACAUCCUACAUACUUCAAACGCAAAAUAGUUUCAAGUCUGCGUUUUCCUUUAAACCAGACCCAAGCCUUCAAAUUAGAUUCACACGCGUUACGAAACAAUAGCAGCUGACUAAAUAACCAAUAUAUUUACCACCUGCGCCCGGAUAGAGAGGGCGCGGGUUGUUUUGUGAAGAUGGACGCGUUGAUAGCCAGUACCGCCUCGUUGCCUCUAUAAUAGGACAUUGGUGGUAAUUGUGACCUUGCGAAAAGAUGGAGUCACGGCCAGGCUCCGCGUCGAGCUAUCACAGCCAUGCUGCUGGCAACACGCAGUCCAGGCCCGGCUCUGCGACUUCGGUUGAGAGCUCAAAUCGGCUAUCGGGCAAGCCACUGGGCGCGGAGAAGCUGAUGGCGGCGUGCGAGAAGAUAUAUAAAAGCUUCAACCCGGCGCAAGUCACCCUCGACACGCACGUUGACAACUGCAUAGGGCAGCUGUCAGUGCAUAACUCAUUUGACGACUCGUUUAUCCGCCAAGUCGUCUAUGGCACCGUCCGCUACCGCCGGCUGCUGGGGGCGCUCAUGGACUCGUUCUAUCACUACAAUGGCGGCGCGGCCUCUCGCGAGGACGUGGAUAUGUAUAAGCUGUACAGCUACCUGACCAUCUUCCGACUGGAGGAGCUCAACUUCAGUAACUUCCAGCGCCUGGUGGACGCGAUGACGCCACAGAAGAUGUACGUGCUGCUGAAGUACAUGUUCAACCCGCAGUACAUGCGGGAGGUUGUACGGGAGGACUGGCUGAAGCUGUACGACAAGGAGUUUGUGGACGAGAUCAUUGACCGGCUGCUGUCGUGGAAGAGUGAGAGCAAGGAGAUGUUGGGGCGGCUGGAGUACAAGGUCACGCUCAGCAGAAAGGAGGACGACGAGAAGGAGACGCUGGGAACGGGCUACGCCGCGGCUCGCAGUACGACAGUGCCGCAGCCCUUCAACUUGACGCAGCCCAAACCACGGCCGCUGCCAGUGGAGGACCCGCCGCCACCGCCCAUCCGCGCGAAGCCCGCGCCCAGGCCGCGGGAGGGGCCCACCAAGGAGGAGGUGGCUCUGGCGGCGGCGCGGGAGGCCAAUCGGGCGGCGGCGGAGAGGAAGGCGGCCAAGGCCGCACCGUUCAAGCUGCGGGUGCUGGAGCGCCCCACCAACAUCGACAAGAUCCGCGAGGAGCUGGAGGCGGAGCGAACCCGGGAGCUGACCUUCAAGGGGAUACGCGCCGCGCCGCCGCCACCAGUGCCCAACGCACAGGUGCGCCUGAACGCGGCGGCCAUCCUGCGUGAGGACGCGCUGUACCGGCGCAAGCAGCAGGAGGAGGCCGACGCGCUCAAGCGCUACGAGGCGGAGCUGCGGGACGCCUCCAGUUUCAAAGCGUGGCAAAACGCCAUGCUGGAGCAGGACGAGGCGGCGCGCGCAGCCAGCGUGGAGCGGCGGCGGCAGGAGAUGGCGGCGGCUCAGGAGAACGCGAUAAGGGCGCGGAUGGCGGCGCAGGAGGCGAAUGCGGAGCUGGCGCGCGCGGCCAAGGAGGAGGCGAAGCGCAUUGAGGAGGACCUGAAGCGGGACCGUGAGGAGCAGGCGCGGCUGAAUGCGCUGAGGCGGGACGCAGUGGUGGAGGCGCGGCAAAACGUGCAGGCGGCUGUGGAGAAGAUGUCUCAGGAGCGGCGCCUGGCUGCGGAGGAGGAGCGGCGCAAGCAGCAGGAGGACGCGCGGGCGCGGGCGGAGGUGGCGGCGCGCGAGAUGGCGGAGCGGCGAGACAUCAUCCUGCAACUCAAGGCGCUUGAAAAGGUGCCGAAGCAACGCGUCAAGGAGUUUGACCCCACCGAGACCGGCCCCGACCACGGCCUGCUGGAGACGAUGAGCCUGGUGGAGCUGCGGGAGCGGCUUAACGUGGCCAAGCGGCGACAGCGCGAGGAGGAGGAGCGGCAGCGCGCCGAAAUCUUGCGCCAAAAGCAGGAGCGCGAGUCGGCGCUAUUAGAGAAGGCCGCAAACAUCCAGCGCGUGCGGCGAGUGGCAGCGGCGCAGGCGGCGCAGCGGAGAGCCACGUCAGCCGAGACAAUUCAGCGGAAGAACACCGAGGUAUCCAAGGCUCGCGAGGCGGAUGUGCUGCAGCUGGCCGACAAGUUGGAUGCUAAGCGGGCGGCGCUGGCGGCCGAGCGGGCGCGGCUCGCAGCGGAGCAGAAGCGCACACGCUUCGAGCAAAUGCAGGCAGCAGCGGGCGCGGCGGUGGUGGAGGAGACCAAGUUCCGGGAGCUGCGUGCGGGCGCGCAGCGCGAGGCCAAGACGCGGCAGGAGAACGCGCUGGCCAGUGCCACCGUGUACGAGGCAACCAAGGCGCGGCAGCAGAAUGUGCGCUUGAAGAACGUGCGACAGGAGCUGAAAGCCAAGGACGACUUCAUGCGGGCCUACGACGAGAAGCUGGCGGCGCUGCGGGGGCAGGCGGGUGCCGAGUCCGCCGCCGACCUUGCACGGCGAACACAGAUGGCACAGACGCAGCGCGCAGCGGAAGCUACGGUGCGGAACCGCACGACCACCACCGCCUACCGACCCUACGAGGGCGGUAGCACGAGCAUGCAGGCGCGGCUAGCAGCACUGGGGCAGGGUAUGGAGCUGGAAGACUGAUAUGCAAGGUCUGUCGGAUGAUAGGGUCGCAGGUGCCAUGCUAUAGCAGGGAGCUUAGAAUCCUUGGCCAUCGCCGCGCAUUGGCAAACGAUGUGUUCGCAGAACUUGCCGAGAAGACGUGGCAUCGAAGAUGCUCUAAGGCGCACGAUGGCAUGGCAGUGUUCGGGCGGCAUGGUGUUCCUGCGGCGAAGCACGAGUGUGUUGGAUCAUGUAACCUUCAAGCUAG